GCAGCACUGUUGCAUGUGAGCAUGGGUAAUGGGAGCAUGUGCAGUCUCUAAUAAGGGAAACACAGAUUAUUAUCUUAUGUUCACUGUGAAGUUGACGUGUUAGCCAGUUAUGAGCCAUGACAAGGAGCAGCUGCCGUAGUGCUCAAGCUUUUUGUGAGGAUUACGCCAGCUUAGGGAUAAGAACCCUUUACUGAUUGGUCCAACUGAAAGCAUGCCACUUUGCUAACUCAACAGGUUGCUUGCUUGGAAUUACACCUGUCCAAUGUUGGAGUCAAGAACCAGAAUUUCUGGAUAGCUAUGUUCAUGAGUGUGCCUCGGAGUACUGAGUGUGGCCUCGUGUAGGAUGUAAAUGGUGAGGAGUCUGCACUAUCUAAAUGUAAGGGCAUUGUUGCAGGACGUUGUGAUGGUGCUCUGCCAAAGACCGCGGCUGUUGGACUUUGCAAAGACCCCUACACACCUCCAGUUCAAUAAAUAUGUCCUGACAGGGUACCGGCCAGUAUCCACGGCUCAGGAGUGCCUCAGGAGUCUCUUCUACGUGCACAAUGAGUUGGGGAACAUUUACACCCAUGGCAUCCCAUUUUUCCUUUUCUUGGUGCUGCUACCUUUUAGUAUCCCCUGGAUGGAGGUGGACAGUGUCUGGAUCUGCGUGGUUCAUUACCUGGCCUGCCUCUGUCCCACUGUGGGCUCGGUGGUCUACCAUGUGUUCAUGAACCACGUGGGAGGAGAACAUGUGUACGACACCCUGCUGUCGCUGGACAUGUUUGGGGUCUGUCUGGUUAACACUUUGGGAGCACUUCCUAUCAUCCACAUCACCCUUCUUUGCUACCCUGCCAUUCGACAGACUGCCUUGUUGGCCUACAUCCUCCUGUCGGCUUAUGGUAUAUACUGUGCGACCACAGCCCGUACCAACAUCCUUCGCCUACGUGCUUUUGUCUGGCAGGCCCUGUUCCGCUUCAGCCUCUUCUUGUUCCGGGUGUAUGGCAGUGGGGUGGGCAGUCCAAACUCCCUACGCCUCUUUGUUAUCAUGGACUCACUGGCUAUAUUAGGAGGGCUGGUCAACAUCAUCCAGAUCCCUGAGCGCUUCAUCCCAGGCCAGUUUGACAACUGGGGCAACAGUCACCAGAUAAUGCAUGUGAUGGUUGUUUGCGCAAUCAUUUACCUGCAUUGGGGCACACUGGAGGAUUUAGCCUGGAUUAAGUCCUAUCAGUGCCCUACUAAGUGAUGUAAAGAGAAUCAGUCACCUAGAAGCAUGAACUCAAAGCUACGCUGGUUGCUGAUAGAAAUGAGAUUUAGGAUUCAAUGAGGCAGGAAAAGUGAAGUAUAAAGAGAGGAAAAAGGUUUUUAAAAUGCACUUUAGUUCCAGCCGUUGAAAUUCUUUGCAAGGGAAGUUUGCAAUUUGACAUUUUGCCAGAGCAGAAAAAGAGGAACUCACAGUGUUGUAACUGUUGACUUUGAUAUCACUAUCAUGAAUCAAAAAUCCUGAGCAUACUUGAUUUUUAGUUUGUUGAAAUGCAGUAGUUUUGGGUCAUAUUACCCAUAACCAAAAUAGUCUUGAAAUUAUUGUAAUAAAUUAUAUAUAUUUUUAUAUCA